GUUGCGCCGAGCCGAUGACCUCUCUCUCGCUGAUGGAUGCAGAUGUUUUGAUCGCCGCCGUGUACCGUCCAUACCUUGCGAUGAUGGCUCGAUAAAAAAAAAACUUAAUUUAAUACAAAUUUCGGUCGCGUAGUGAAUAAAUUCGAUCAAUGUUUAGCUCCUAGAAGAGUCAGCCAGUGAAAGUGAGAUGUCCGCCCUUAUCGAGUAUCUGAAAAGCCCCGAACUGGUGGUCAAAGUUCAGGAGUUUUUUGGCAUCGAAUAUCUGCAUCAUCGGCAGCAGGAUGGAAAAAUCGAUCCGUGUGAUGUCAACGGCGUCGGACCGACGACGGUACGGAGGAACAAGGUGGCGAAUGGUGAUUUAGCAGCUGGUCUGGACGAGGAUAGUAGUGGUAGCAGUAGCAGCGGUGGAAAUGAUGAGUCCGAUAAGAUUCGGAAGGAUGCGGACAAGGAUGAGGCCAAACCGUAUCGAAUUACGAAUAAGUUUUGGUAUUAUCUGUUCAUCAUCGGGACGGAACUGGGCGACGAAAUCUUCUAUGCGACAUUUAUUCCGUUUUGGUUCUGGAACAUCGACAGCGCUGUGGGCCGGCGGGUCAUCAUGGUUUGGUCGGCGGUUAUGUACGUAGGUCAAAGCAUGAAGGAUGUCAUUAGGUGGCCUCGACCGGGAUUCCCCGUAAGCAGAUUGCAGAAGAAGUGGGCUCUGGAGUAUGGAAUGCCUUCGACGCAUGCAAUGGUUUCGGUGGCCAUCCCCUUUUCGGUUCUGAUCUAUACAUAUGACAGGUACAUAUAUUCAUUUCCAGCGGGUCUGGCAUUUGCUUUGAUAUGGUGUGCAGUGAUCUGUGUGAGCAGAGUUUAUUUGGGAAUGCAUAGCGUGCUGGACAUUAUCGCUGGUCUAGCUUUGGUUGCGACUCUUAUGAUUCCUCUGAUACCAAUCGUGGACAAAUUGGAUUACAUUAUUGUUACCAGUAAGUGGUCGCCCAUCCCAGUUCUGGCGGUUUCUAUUCUGCUGAUUGUGUUCUACCCCGACUCAGGAAUUUGGACCCCCACGAGAGGGGACACAGCCCUAACGGUGAGCGUGUGUGCCGGACUGCAGAUCGGUGCCUGGCUGCACUACAUCCUCGGAGAUUUCCAACCCCCGGCCAAUCCUCCGCCGUACGAAAUCAUUUGGCCGUCGUACGCUAUGCUGGGAAUGCUGCUGCUCCGGACCGUUCUGGGUCUGUGCUGUGUGGUAGCCACCCGUGCCUUCGGAAAGUCCAUUUCCUAUGCGUUUGUGUGCUUCCUGCUGGGCCGAGACCAGAACGAACUUCGUCGGUCAGAGAACACCCUCCAGAAUAAGAACAAAAUCAUUGUCGAGCUGUCGUACAAGUUCUUCACCUGCGGAAUGAUCGGGUUCAACACGCAAUACUUACUGCCGAAUGUGUUCAAACUGCUCCGGAUAGGGCGGCCGGAUUUCUACACCGAGAUCUGAGCUUGGAAUGUUGGCACUUGGUGCCGGAAAGUUUCAGACAGACAUUCCUUCCCGUAGUUUUAGAACGCUGGUCAUCCUUUCUGCGGUUUAUUGGCACGAAUUUAGUUUUUGACUGAGUCACACCUAUCUUCUGGAAUUGACCUCACUAAACGUAUUGCUAAGGUAACGAUUAUCAGUUUAGCGAAGAAUCGGUACUGACUUAACAGUACUGAGAUGCAAUGUUAAUGUUUUCUAUUUGUAUUCUGUUGAAUUCCUGGCAAUCUAUCCACUAAGGCCGACAAUAAACUUUAAGUAACAAACGUCUCGCUCCACUUAGUGACUUAGGGCUUGGCAACGAAUCUAAUCAUUACGUUUACUAUAAUCGCCUAUCUUCUGCAUCUAUUGUUAAGCCUAUUUCAUACCACUAUCUAGGCAAUUGCUCCACUUUUUACUUCAUCACGCAUCAAUCGUACAAAGCACAGCAACGCACAUAAGCAUUUUGUACUACUAAUAUCUGAACAUUUCUCAUAUCUUCUUAGAAAAAAUAAUCUCUGAAGGGGUGUUGCUAUUCAGUAGAUUUUAAUUAUUUUUUAAACACACAAUAUUCUAGUCUUCGAAUACGACGAACUACCAGCAUCAGGAAAAUAGUUCAACAAGUUAUGGCUGAUUUGCAUCGAAGCUAUUUAACUACCUACAAAGUUAGUUAGUUUGUACAAUCAAAUCAGCCCUAAUCUUUUUGGCACAUCAAUAUGACGAACACAACGCAUAGCAAAUAGGCCUUAUCGUACAAUAACUGAAGCCUAUUCAAAAUAUAGUAUAUGCUGAAAAACAACAAAGAUUUUUCAAAUCGGUUUGAAUUACAUUUUGUGCACGUAGGUACAGACGAACAAAUUGAAAUUAAACUUCCAUUAGUAGUAUCAAAAA